GGUUCUGGGCUCCGGGAUUCCGACUCCAGAUAAACGGGGGUCAUGGAUGCACCGCGGGUGCUCAGGCACCCCCACAGAGGAGUCCAGAGCUGGUGGGGAGGGGCACUGAGGGUUACAGCCGGCAUCCGUGAGACAAGAUGCUCUGUUUUGUAGGUGUGACUUACACAUGUGACUUCACCUUUUGAAGCCUCAGUUUUGUCAUCUGUAGAAUGGACAUAAAGUUUCUUCCCAAGACUAUUGAGAGGGUUAAAUGAGACGAUGUUUCUAAAGCUCUUUGCACGAGGGAGCCCUGGAGGCAGGGCCUGGCAGGCAGAGCAGGCCCACUGUCACCUGGGACUACGGACGGCAUGAAGACCCCUGUGGAGCUGACCAUUACUGGGAUGCAGAGCCUUCACCGCCAGCACCGCUGCCGGGGUGGCUAUCAAGUCAAGGCCAAGCCAUCGUAUGUGGAUGAGACUUUGUUUGGCAGCCCUGUGGGCACCCGGCCCACACUACCAGACUUUGACCCACCCUGGGUGGAGAAGGCCAACAGAACCAAAGGAGUGGGCACAGAGUCUUCACAGGCCUCGGGGGCCAACAGAAGCUUUGAGACCACCUCCUCCAGGGGCAGUACCGCGACCCUCACACCAAGGAAGAAGAACAAAUACAGACUGAUCAGCCACACUCCUUCCUACUGUGAUGAGUCACUAUUUGGCUCCCGACCUGAGGGCACCGGCUGGGAGGCCCCGUGGAUGGCGAAGGGGGAUGCUGCAAAACUCCACGCCCUCUUCUGGACACCCCCAGCUACCCCUAGGGGAAGCCAUUCACCCCGUCCCAGGGAGACCCCACUGCGUGCCAUUCAUCCAGCUGGUUCCUCCAAGACAGAGCCCACGGUGGCGGCAGACUCCCGGAAGUUGUCCGUGGAUGGGUUAGACUGUCCCCGGCCUCUGAGGCGGGAGCGUUCCCAUUCCGUCACCCGCCUGAAUGUCCCCAGCACUGGCCGCCCACCCACCGGUGGCCCCCACACAAAUGGGCCUCGUGAUCCCAGGCGUUCCCGGUUGGGGGUGAUCUUCCAGAGCCCCCCUGUGACUCCCAGGGCUCGUUCAGUCAGUGUUUCAGUGCCAGUUACCCCCCGACGAGGUGGGGCCACCCAGAAACCAAAGCCCCCUUGGAAAUGAGUUUCGUGGUCCUUUCAGGUUUGCCCACGGGGUCACAGCACAGGGUACAGUUUCAGAGGAUGACACAGGUGGGGCCUUCCGGGGAGACCACCAGGUAUCGGAGAAGCACUCAUGGGGGCAGACGCAGUAAUGGUGGUCAGCGCGUCCCCUGUUCUGACAAUCUGUAGUUGUUCUCUCCUCCCGCCUCCAUGUGGAUUUAGGGCCACCCCUUGAGAUGCCUGUUCUAGUCCUGUCAGAGCCACAUGCUGUAUCAGUGCCAACCCAGGGAUGUCCCCCCAGGAGAGACCCUCCACCUCCCCCAUUACUCCCACAUGUCUUGCCGCUGAGUCUGGAGGCCCCCGGAGUUUUUCCAGGCCCGGUGUGUGGACCCCGGUUAUCUGGGUGAUUUGUGGAUGGGCAUUUUUUAUUUUAAUAGUCAUGUAUUUAUUUUCAUGUAUUAAAUGUAUCAGUAGCUCAUU